GGUGUUCAGUUGAGCUUUGGUCAUGUCUGGAACACGAACUGUCGGACUGCUGCUGCUACUGUGGGGCGGCGCCUGCCUGCGGCUGCCCGGCGCGGCUCAGGGCGCUUUGGUCAUCCCCGGGCCGGAUGGAGGCGCCGAGGAGGCAAGACAUUCUGCCAGGCUGUUGCAGAAAAGAAGUACGCAGCCUGUCAGGGCGGAGGUGCUCAGCGUGAAAGUGGACUGCGCCGUGACGUCUCGUUUCGCUCACACCGUCAUGACCUCCACGGCUCUGAACAAAGCCAACGUCUCGCAGGAAAUUUUCUUUGAAGUGGAGCUCCCCAAAACGGCCUUCAUCACCAACUUCUCCAUGGAAAUCGAUGGCCAAGUGUACGUGGGAGAGGUGAAGGAGAAAGAGACAGCCAAGAAACAGUAUGAAAAGGCCGUUUCCUCAGGACAGACGGCCGGGCUGGUCAAGGCUUCCGGCAGGAAGAUGGAGACAUUUUCGGUGUCGGUCAACAUCGCGGCCGAAAGUAACGUGACUUUCGUUUUGACCCACGAGGAGCUGCUUCAGCGGAAAUUGGGCCAGUAUGAGAUCCUGACCCGGGUGAAACCCAAACAACUUGUCCAGGAGUUUCAGAUCGUCGCAAACAUCUACGAGCCUCAAGGCAUCGCUUACGUCGAGACCCAUGCCACGUUCCUCUCCAAUGAGCUGCUCCCCCUGGUGGAAAAAACUGUCACCGAGAAGAAGGCACACAUUGCCUUCUCGCCCAGUCUGGAUCAGCAGAGAAAAUGUCCAGGCUGUGAUGGAACACUGAUCGAUGGAGAUUUCGUCAUCAUGUACGAUGUGAAACGCACCUCGAGCCUCGGGGACAUUCAGAUUGUCAACGGAUACUUUGUGCACUUCUUUGCCCCGCCCGGCCUGUCAAGAGUCCCAACAAAUGUCGUUUUUGUGAUUGAUCGGAGCGGCUCAAUGUCUGGAAAUAAAAUGCACCAGACCCGGGAGGCAAUGGUAGCCAUCCUUCAAGAUCUGAAAGAGGACGACUAUUUUGCCAUCGUCCCGUUUGAUGACGAAAUCAUUUGGUGGAAGGAAACGCUGACCAAAGCGACAAAGGAGAAUGUGACUGAGGCCACGGAAUACGUCAAGGGGUUGUACGCCUCAGGGGGCACCAACAUCAAUGGUGCAUUGUUAAAAGGUGUCAACAUGCUGCUGACGGACAGAGCAGAGAAGAGGAUCCCGGAGAGAAGCAUCAAUAUGAUCCUUUUACUCACUGACGGCAUGCCCAAUCACGGUGAGACCGAUCCGAAAAGGAUCCAGGAGAAUAUGGCCUCUGCCAAUGCUGGCAACAUGACACUUUUCUCUCUUGGAUUUGGAAAUGAUGUGGACUACAGCUUCUUGAAUGUGCUGAGUCAAAAAAACAAGGGAUUGGCUCGCAGAAUCUUUGAGGGCUCAGAUGCAACUCUUCAGCUGAAGGGUUUCUACGAAGAGGUGUCCAGCCCGCUGCUUUCCGAAGUGGAUUUACGUUACCCCGACAACGCAGUGGACUUACUGACCUCCAACCACUUCAGCCAGUUGUUUAACGGCUCAGAGAUUGUGGUGGCCGGUCGGCUGGCGGACAAUAACUUGGACAACUUCCUGGUGGAAGUGGUCGGCCAGGGGUUUGAGGACAACUUCCAGGUGCAGGGCAAGAGCGCCGCUCUGGAUUGGGCCACGACUUACCCAGAUGAAAAGUACAUUUUUGGGGAUUUCACAGAGCGUCUGUGGGCUUACCUGACCAUCCAGCAGCUACUGGAGAAGCGCAAGAGCGGUAGCUCGGAUGAGAAAGUCAAUGCCACGGCCAAGGCCUUGGACAUGUCCCUGCGCUACAGUUUUGUCACCCCUCUCACCUCCAUGGUGGUCACCAAGCCUGAGACCGAGAAGGGACCAGACAGCCCCCUCAUCGCUGACAAACUGACUGAGGAGGAAAGACAACAAGCAGAACGAAACUCACGUUAUCAUCAUCGUCAAACGUUCCCUUCCUAUAAUGCCCCCAUUCCAUCCUCUAAUGUCCCCGUUCCAUCCUAUAAUGCCCCCGCUCCACCCUCAUAUUUUGUGGACGGAGAUCCCCAUUUCAUGAUCGAGCUCCCAAACAAAGACGACGCCCUCUGCUUCAACAUCAAUGACAAGCCGGGAACUAUUUUCACUCUGGUGAAAGACACCAAGUCAGGGAUUUUGGUGAACGGCCAGAUCAUAGGAGACAAGCAAAUCCCCGCCGACGGGAAAAUCUACACCUACUUUUGGCGCUUUGGCAUCAUUCACCGAAAUUUAGGGGUGAAAAUGGAGGUCAGCACCAACGGCAUCUCGGUCUUCCAAGACGACUCUCGGCUCAAGUUGCGGUGGUCCAACACAACUUCCAUCAAAGGAGACGGGAUGGACAUUCUCUUGACCAAAGACCGCAGCCUGACAGUCACCCUCAAAGAUUCUGUCAAGUUUGUGAUCCUGCUGCACAAAGUGUGGAAGAAGCACCCGUACCACCGGGAUUAUUUGGGCUUCUACACGCUGGACACCCACCUGCUGUCGCCUUCUGUGCACGGUCUGCUAGGUCAAUUCUACCACGGGAUUGAGUACACGGUCUCCAACUUGCGUCCGGGAGAAGUCCCGGAGAAACCCGACGCCACCAUGCACGUGAAGGGACGAGAGCUGAACGUGACCAGGGGCUGGCAAAGAGACUUCCGAAGCGACGUGAAGAACGGCGAGAACGUGCCCUGCUGGUUCAUCCAUCGGAACGGGACAGGCCUCAUUGACGGGGAGGCCUCAGACUACAUCGUUUCCGGCCUCUUUAAAACUGCUUAGACACCAAACCUUCUCAUUCUGUUUGUGAUAAGAGGGGCCUCUGAUCAAAUAAAAUUUGCAAUGGUUUGGGCUUGAUUUAUUUUUCACGAUAUGAUCCGAGCAAGCAAUCCAACAAAAUGAAGCCGUUGUCACUCA